AUAAGAACAGAAAAGUCCGUCCUUAUUAAUCUGUAACCUUCUCCAGUCGUAGAGAACCACGAUUCAUCUUAGGGUUCUUUACUUCCUUUUCUACACCAUCUCUCUUCUUCUCCACAAAAAAGAGAAAAUUUGUUCAGAUAAAUCAAAAUAAAAAGGCUAGGGUUUUCGUGGGCUAAUAUCUAAAUGGGUAGAUGUAGAAGGAGCAGCGACGGAAGGAUUAGUGGAGUUAGACCGUACGUACGGUCUCCAGUACCCCGCCUGAGAUGGACUCCGGAGCUUCACCAGAACUUCGUUCACUCCGUUAAUAUGCUCGGUGGUCAAUACAAAGCAACUCCAAAACUUGUUCUUAAGAUAAUGGAUGUAAAGGGACUAACCAUAUCACACGUCAAGAGCCAUCUCCAGAUGUAUAGAGGAUACAAACCGGCCACUCUUCUUGGGCGACCAGAGAGUUCAUCAUCUUCAAGAAGAAGAAGACAAGACAAUGAAGAUCAUUUUUAUGACAACUUGUCUGAACACGCAAGGAAUGAUUGUCUUUUGGGUUUUCACCCUUUCAACAUUAGAGGGCAGACUUCAGCUGAUGACGAUGACUUUCUUAGCAUCGUGAGCAUGGAGAGAACGAAGACAUUUGCAGGCAUUGGCGAAUCCAUCAAAUUUCAGUCUAAUCACUUUCUCGAGGUAUCAGGAACUAAGAAGUUAUGUCUUUGGGCUUAUUUAGGCACAGAGGACGAAGACAUUAGGGUAAACGAAGAAGAAGAAGAAUUAACACUGUCUCUGUCGUUUGAAUCAUCCUCACAAUUCUCAGAACGUUGGAGAAGCAAUACGUCGUCACUUAGUGAAACCAGCGAAGCAAUCUCGUCUCCUUUCAUUUUCAGGGAUUGUUUUGCUUCUUCGAAGAUUGAUCUUAAUCUUAAUCUCUAUUUUUCCUCCUCUUCUUCGUAGCUGAAUCUUUGUUCAUUUGUUUUCAAUAUUAGUGUAGUGAACAUUCAGAUUCCUUUUAACGGUGUUUUAGCUAGGCUUCUAGAUUGUUCUCGUUCGUGAUGUUUUUUUUGGGCCUACGUACAUUGCACAGUCUAUUUCGAUCAAUAUGACAUGUUUUACCGACUGAGACAAAGCAAUAUGAGUGGUUAUAAACUUAGAUUAGACUUGGUUUUUCACAUGAAGCACUAGGUUUGCACGAUAUGUCAAAGAGGAAGAUUGGAUUACAGUUGUUCUUGUUUAAAUGAAAAUUAAUGGCU